AUGCCUAGCAAAUCGUUGCUUCCUGCUCUGGAUAUUCCAGAAGCAGAUAUUGUCACAUUUCUGUUUGAGCGCAACAUCCCAUUUCCACCAAACAAGGAUGCCGAGACAAAGCAAUCUUACACAUUCGUCCAAGUCAAGAAGACGGCACAAGCUCUUGGGCGAGCGUUGAUAUUACAUUGGAACUGGCCGAAGGGAGAUGUAUUGGCUAUUUUCACACCAAAUUGUAUCGAUACUCCCGUUAUCACAUUUGGCACGCUCUGGGCUGCCGGUGUUGUGUCACCCGUCAACCCCGCUUACACAGUAGACGAGCUGACUGCUCAGCUGCGCAACUCCGCGGCUAAGGCAAUCGCUACACAGGCUGCUGCUAAGCGUGUUGGUAUCCCCGAUAAUAGCAUUUUACUGCUCGGUCGAAAUCAGACAGUGACCGAUGGUGACAGCAAGCAUUUUUGGGACCUUUUAAGAAAGGAUACUGGCAAUAUACGGUUGGUACCCAAGAACUCGAGGCCUAAGAUUGACCCAAAAGGAGAUUUGGCGUUUUUGGUUUACUCAUCAGGAACAACCGGUUUACCCAAGGGUGUUAUGCUCUCACACACUAACAUUGUGACAAAUAUACUACAAAUAGACAGCGUCGAUGGCAGAUACUUGACUUGGAAGAGAGAUUCUGUUUUGGCAUUCCUGCCCCUUUUCCAUAUUUAUGGACUGACUUGUCACAUUCAUCAACCUCUGUACGCGGGCUAUCAUACCAUCAUAAUGUUCUGCGCCUAUAUUCAAAACUACCAAAUUACGUUCUCAUAUGUCGUGCCACCAGUCCUCCUUCUACUCACCAAGCAUCCUAUUGUGGACAAAUAUCGUCUUUCCAGCCUGCGCAUGCUUCACUCCGGCGCAGUACCCUUGAGCCGUGAUCUUGCACUCGCAACAGCAAGGCGAAUCAACGUUCCGGUCAAACAAGGCUAUGGACUUAGUGAGACUAGCCCUGUUACACAUAUGCAGCUUUGGGAUGAUUGGAGUAAAUAUUUUGGUUCCAUUGGAAAAUUGAUGCCUAAUAUGGAAGCGAAGUACAGGACGAUAGGGAUAGAAAGCAGUAAAUCCGAUAGCGAACUGGAACAAUUACACGAAGUCCCAAUAGGCAAGAUAGGAGAACUGUACCUGCGCGGACCCAACAUUUUCCAAGGAUACUAUCAACAGGUCAAAGCGACUUCCAAAUGCCUUUCAGCUGAAGGAUGGUUAUCAGGACGAGCAUGGCAACUUUAUAUCACGGAUCGCAUUAAGAAGUUGAUCAAGUACAAAGGUUCGCAGGUGGCACCAGCCGAGCUUGAAGGCCUGUUAAGUUAUCACAAAGAUGUCAACGAUGUGGCGGUCAUUGGAGUUGAUAGCCCAGCGCGUGGAACUGAAGUCCCGCGUGCUUAUAUUGUCCGCACACGCAGCAAAGACGAGUCAUUUGUUUCUGACGAGGACUGUGCAGCCGAAAUUAUCUGUUGGCUGAAUUUUAGGGUUGCACAACAUAAAAGGCUACGUGGAGGCAUUCGUUUUGUGGAUGCAAUUCCUAAGAGUGUCAGUGGCAAAAUUUUGCGUCGCACGUUGAGAGCUCAGGCCCAGAAGGAAGCUGAUGCAGUCAAUCAGGCAAAUCUUUGA